AUGCUGCGACCCACCUACCACGCAGCUUUCAAGAAAUACGAUUUCACCGAUGCGCUCAACUUCAAGUCACUCCUCAACGAGGACGAACUCAUCGUCAUUGAUACCGCCCACCAGUUCGCACAAACGCACCUACUGCCCAGGAUACUCGAAGAUUACAGAGAGGAAAAGUUUGAUCGGUCGGUGAUCAAACUCAUGGGAGAGAAUGGAUUGCUAGGAUGCACCUUGACCGAAUACGGAGGAGCAGGACUAUCCGAAGUUUCAUACGGAUUGAUCAAUAAGGAAAUCGAGAGAAUCGACAGCGCCUAUAGGUCAGCCAUGAGCGUGCAAAGCUCACUAGUCAUCCACCCCAUCAACGAGUUCGCCACCAAAGAAGCCAAGGAAAAGUAUCUACCAGGAUUGAUCAAGGGAGAGCUUGUGGGAUGCUUCGGCCUCACUGAGCCUGACCACGGAUCAGACCCCGGCUCCAUGACCACCAGAGCCAAGCUAGAUGGCAAUGAGUACGUGCUGAACGGAUCCAAGAUGUGGAUCACCAACUCGCCGAUCGCCGAUGUGUUCGUGGUGUGGGCGAAGGACGAAGGAGACAUCAGGGGGUUCAUCCUGGAGAAGGGCAUGAAGGGCCUCACUGCCAACAAAAUCAAAGGAAAACUGUCGCUUAGAGCCUCCAUCACCGGUGAUAUCUCCAUGGACAACGUCCGUGUGCCCCUUUCCAACGCAUUCCCUACAGUAAAGGGCCUCAAGGGGCCAUUCUCUUGCCUCAACUCAGCCAGAUUCGGCAUCUCUUGGGGAGUUCUCGGAGCAGCUGUUUGCUUCCACCAGGCAAGGAAAUACGUCUUAUAGCGCAAGCAGUUCGGAGUUCCCCUUGCCUCCUUCCAGCUGGUCCAGCACAAGCUGGCUCAAAUGAAUACCGACAUCGCUUUGGGUCAGCAGGCGGUGCUCCAGGUUGCCAGGCUGAAAGAGAGUGGAAAUUUGGCUGUGGAGAUGAUAUCGAUGCUGAAGAGGAACAAUUGCAUGAAGGCCAUCCAGAUCGCCAGAGACGCCAGGGAAAUGAUGGGAGGAAACGGCAUCACAGAGGAGUAUCACGUCUUGCGCCACGCCAUCAAUCUGGAGACAGUCAACACCUACGAGGGGACCAACGACAUCCACGCUCUCAUCCUCGGCAGAGCCAUCACCGGAAUAGAGGCAUUCACGCGUUGA